AUGUGCUACAAGAAGCAAACGUACUACAAAAGCUGCUCCCACACACGCACAGAGGAAGAAGACUGCCCCCACCAGAAGCGCCUCAGCCAACUGCGCCUGCAAGAGCGUCUCGACGCCCACCGCCGCCAACGAAGCUCCUGGCUCCUGUGCAUCUUCUGCUUCCUCAUCGCCCCCGAGCCGCGGCCGCGCACCCCGGAGCCCCGCCGCGAGUGCCCCCUGCAAGACGUCCGCGUCGAGAUCGACGGCCGGUGUCCGCAGUGCCGCCUCCUCGACGCGCAGGCGGCGGCCGUGGGGAGAAGGGACAGGUAUGAGUAUGACUACGCGGCGCGCCGGUGCCGUGUCAGAGGUGAGGUGGAGGUGAGUCAGAUGAACGCCGUUGCUGACCUUGUGAGUGCGCAGGUGGUGGAUAUAGCUGUCCCGAUGGAUGAGGCGGAGAGGAGGGAGGGGACGAGGGGGAGGGCUGGGUGGAGGGAGCAUGACGCGCGGAUACGGGAGCCGGAGAGGACUUAUAUGGCAUAUCGCCCCGAGGGUCGUCGGAACACGGACGCCUCUGCGGGUUCGCGACGACCGAAUCGGGGCCGGGACUUUGUGCCGUAUAGGGACCCAGUGUCAUCAGGCUUGCCGGAGCUGCCACAGACGCCGCAGGUGAGUAGCCCAGAGUCAACAUCUUACGCAUGGCCUGCCCCUUUACGAGUAUCCAAAACCAAGGGCCAGAUCAGGAGCCCAGACUGGACAUCUUCAGCCUGUCCUGCCCCUUUACGGAUAUCAAAGACUAAACAGAACCAGGACCCGUCGAGACCUACACAGACGCAACAUGUCAAGAGCCCAAACUCGACAUCUUCCGGCCGGCCAGCCCCUUUACGAGUUUCCAAGACGAAGCAGAACCAGGACGUGUCAAAGCCGAAGAGGAACAACUCCAGGAAACCGGGCCGAAGCGCUGUUGGCACGUUGGAGAACCCGCCCCUGAGCGCCGUGAUGGAGGACGUGGAGAAGGCCUGGAAUGAUGCUUGCCCGGAUGGAGGCUCCGCUGCCAGGACUGCUCGAAAGCCGUCGCAGGAGGUGCCGCAACUCACCAGCCCGUCAUCUUACAGCCCGGAACUACCGAUCGACGAUCUGAUAGACGAGGUUGAGCUCCUCUGGCGACGGGCAGCCUGCAACAACGAUGGACCCAGGUAA